AUGGAGGCCGUUCUUAACAUGCCUGCUGGCCAAUCUAUUACAACUGGAGAACAACGCUUAGUGCUAACAAAUGAUCAUCCAAGGAAAAUUGAUCUCAUCCUCGAUUGGGGUAAUGAGAUACAUAUUGAAGGAAGAAAUUUAGAUAAUUUCGUUUUAAUAAAUUUAACACAAUCUUAUAUAUCAGAAGUCCAUGUAUAUGGAAAGUUAUUUAUAAUAACUAGCCUAGGGGUUACAUUUUAUUAUCAUGUUGACCAAAGCCAACCAAAUAAUUUCCCGUUAAUUUACUAUAGCCAUCCAAUAGUAGGCGGUAAAUAUACAAAAUAUGUAUUUGAUAACAAUGGCACUGAAUACGUCGAAGUUUUGACCGAAAUUAGAAGGAAAACAAAACCAAUGGAGCUUUUACAGUUAGCACAGCAAGAUGACAAAUUAUCAAUACUUGAUUACAAAGAUAUUACAUUCAGACCUUUUAUUUCUGAAGCAUUUUAUUAUUAUAAAUUACCUCCAUUGAUAGAUCCACCUCCAGAGCCUGAACCAUCAUCUCCAUCCUCAUCAGAAUCUUCAUCUUCUACUGAAUCUUCAUCAUCAACUACUUCAUCAGAAGAAACAUCAUCAACUACUACAUCAGAAGAAACAUCAUCUUCAUCAACUACUACAUCAUCAGAAGAAACAUCAUCAUCAACAACUUCAACAGAAGAAACAUCAUCAUCAACUACUACUUCAUCAUCAGAAGAAGUCCAACCAGCCACACCAGUUGUGACUCCAGAGCAAUCAAAUGAAGGAGGACUGAUAGACAUAGAAGACAUAAACAUUACAACAAACAAUACUAAUGCUUAUGAUGAGUUUUUCUCACUCACAUCAAGAAACGUUGCAGUUGAUAAAUACUUCAAGAACAAAACAGUAUCAAUUACAUGUGAUAAUGACAGAAAGAACUAUAAUAUUAUUGCUAUCGAUUCCACAAUCAAAAUUAAAUCAGAUGUACUCUGUUCCGUCACUGUUUUCGGUCGCCGCAAUUUCAUCAAUGCAAGUGGACCAAUUAUUUUCCUAAUUAAUGCUGACACAAAUAUUCUUUCAGAAGAAUUCGAUCUUUCAGAUCCAUUACAUCAUCCAAUAUGGCGUGUUACAGGUAACAACAACGUCAUGAAGACAACAUUCAUUGGCAAAUCUAAAUCAGAUUAUUCGACUGCUGUUUAUGGUUUUGAUGGAAACGGAACUGUUUUUCCAAAACUUGGUUCAAAAAUGACUUUAGGACCUAUUUCUAAAGGAGAUAAAAUUAACUUUGCUUUAUUUGGAGACAUAAUUGCAACUAGAGAACUUGAACAGAAGAAUUUCAAGAAACUAACUGUGAAAAGUGGUGCAAAACCACCACGAGAUUCUCAUUCUAUUCUUGUAAUUGUUAAUGUUGUUGGAGUUAUUUUUGUUAUUUUAACUAUUGCUGUUAUUUAUCUUGUGUAUAAAUUUGGAAUCAAAUCACACAUGAAAGAGGAAUAA